CAGUGCGUAGCGGCAGCGGCCUGAGGCGGGAGCGGCGGUUGGAGCGGCCCGAGGGGACGGCGCCAUGUCCUCCACGUCACAGAAGCACCGGGACUUCGUGGCGGAGCCGAUGGGGGAGAAGCCGGUGGGGACCUUGGCCGGGAUCGGGGACGUGCUGGGCAGGAAACUGGAGGAGAAGGGCUUCGACAAGGCCUACGUGGUGCUGGGGCAGUUCCUGGUGCUGCGCAAGGACGAGGAGCUGUUCCGGGAGUGGCUCAAGGAGACGUGCGGGGCCAACGCCAAACAGAGCCGCGACUGCUCGGGCUGCCUGCGCGAGUGGUGCGACGCCUUCCUCUGAGCCCCCUCCCCAAAUCCGGGCACCCCAAAACCCCCCCCGAGCCCCUCCCUGUACCCCAAAAUCCCUCCCUGCACCCCAAAAUCCUUUCCUGGACCCCAAAACCCCUCCUGGAAUCCCCAAAACAGCGAAGUCCUGGCGAGUUCCAGCUGCCGGACGCCUCUGGGAGGGGAUGGGGGCUCCCCAAAACCACCCUGGGCUCCCCAAAACCACCCUGGGGACCCGAAAACCUCCCUGGGGACCCCAAAACCCUCCCAACCCUUCCCAUGCACCCCCUCCCCAACCCCCCUCACACCUGUGGGACCCCCAAACCGGUGCUGCCACCCCCCCAAAAUUCAUCCCCGGGGGGGUCCCAGGGUGCCACCCCUCCCCCAUCACCCCAAAACCACCUGGGGGGG